CUCAACCGGUGCAAUCAGUGAAGAAAGUGAAGGCGCGACGUGGACAUACUCCGCGAUACACUCGCGAUCCUGCAACCGAUGCUGGGCCUCAGGAAUCUCAUUUGGCGGCGCAACCUCGUCUUGGAUACCCCUGUUUAAAAACUGCCACUGGUGUUGGGCUAAAUUUUGCAUAGUCGACGAUGGCGCAGCUCAAGGUGGCUAUCAUCGGACAGAGUCCAUUCGCAGCGGAAGUCUACAAGCUUUUGCGACAGAAUGGGCACCAGGUGACCGGAGUGUUCACGAUCCCGGAUAAGGGAAACCGCGAGGAUCCAUUAGCAACCACUGCUAAGGCUGACAACACGCCGGUCUUCAAGAUCAAGGCCUGGAGAAGCAAAGGAGUGACCUUACCGGAAAUCCUGGAGCUCUACAAAGGUAUCGAGGUGGAUCUCAACGUCCUCCCCUUCUGCAGCCAGUUUAUACCUAUGGAGGUCAUCAAUCAUCCCCGUCACCAUAGCAUAUGUUAUCACCCAUCCUUAUUGCCCAGACACAGAGGAGCGAGCGCUAUAAGCUGGACCUUGAUUCAAGGAGACAAUACUGCAGGAUUCUCGAUUUUCUGGGCAGAUGAUGGUUUGGACACCGGACCAAUUCUCCUCCAGAGAUCGUGCAAAGUGGAGCCGAAUGACACGGUGGACAGCUUGUACAACAAUUUCCUCUAUCCGGAGGGCAUCAAGGCUAUGGGUGAGGCGGUGGACCUCGUCGCUAAAGGAACCGCGCCCAUGGUGCCGCAACCGGCGGAGGGCGCGACUUACGACGCCCUGUUGAACAAAAAAGAACUCCAGAAGAUCGAUUGGAAUAAAUCGGCAAAAGAGAUUCACGAUUUUAUUCGUGGUCUGGACAGUACACCGGGAGCUUGGACAACCCUGGACGGCGAGGAAGUGCGUCUUUUCGGAUCAUCCUUGUGGAGCGAUAAGAAACCGGAAGUCGAGAAGACGGUCGACCUCGAGGAGCGAAAGGGAAUCAUUCAUCAGGGCGGCUUGCUAAUAGAGGCCGUCGACGGGCGAUUGGUUAACGUGGAGAGAAUCAAAAUCGGAACCAAGACCAUUCACGCCAGCAAAUACGGGCAGACUACCGACAGUGAGAUCGUGGAAUUCACGGAAGAGGAGCUGAAGACUACUGACGGUCUGCGCCGAAUCUGGGCAGACAUACUCAAAGUGGAUGUCAACGAUGACACGGAUUUCUUCGCUUCCGGUGGAGGCAGCAUGGAUGUAGUGAGACUAGUCGAAGAAGUCAAGGACAACUUUGGUAUUAGCCUACAGAACAUCGAAGUCUUCAUGGCACCGGUCUUCAAAGAAUUCGCCACGACAGUCGUGCUCGCCGCUCGGGGAAAUCUAGCGACGAAGGAGAUCAAGUACGACGCGGUGGAGGUGCAAGCGAACAACAUGACCCUCAGAUUCCCUAGGCAGCUCUUCAUCGACGGUCAAUUCGUUAACGGCCAUGGCAAACCGGUCGACACGAUAAAUCCUCACGAUGAAAACGUAAUCUGUUCGGUAGAGAGCGCAAAUGCCGAAGAUGUCGAUCGAGCUGUCAAGGCCGCCGCCAGAGCGUUCGAGGAGGGUGAAUGGGGCAAGAUCAGCGCCAGAGAACGUGGAGCGUUAUUGUUCAGAUUGGCGGAUUUGAUGGAGGAGCACAAGGAAGAACUGGCCACUCUGGAGACUCUCGACUCCGGCGCGGUUUACACCCUCGCUCUGAAAACCCACGUAGGCAUGUCGAUCGAAACUUGGCGGUACUUCGCCGGCUGGUGCGACAAAAUUCAGGGUUCGACUAUACCCAUUUCGCACGCGCGUCCAAAUCGAAAUCUCACGUUCACGCGGCGCGAACCGAUCGGCGUUUGUGGCCUGGUGACUCCCUGGAACUAUCCGCUGAUGAUGCUGUCGUGGAAGAUGGCGGCCUGUUUAGCGGCCGGUAAUACCGUGGUGAUGAAGCCGGCCCAGGCGUCGCCCCUGACAGCUCUGAAAUUCGCCGAGCUGUCUGCACGCGCUGGAAUUCCACCCGGUGUCAUCAACAUCGUUUGCGGAUUCGGCAGUGCUGUCGGAAACGCCAUAGUGGAACAUCCUUUGAUCAGAAAAUUAGGCUUCACCGGCUCCACGCAGGUCGGCCAGACCAUUAUGAGAUGUUGCGCCAACAGUAACUUGAAGAAAGUGUCGUUGGAGCUUGGCGGUAAGAGCCCCCUCGUCAUCUUCGAGGACGCCGACAUGCAGCAGGCGGUCAGGAUCGGUAUGAGCGGCGUGUUCUUCAAUAAAGGCGAAAACUGCAUCGCUGCCGGACGGCUUUUCGUCGAGGAGACCAUUCACGACGAGUUCGUACGACGUGUGGUCGACGAAGCGAAGAAGAUCGCUAUCGGCAAUCCACUGGACAGGAGCACGGCCCACGGGCCGCAAAAUCACAAAGCUCAUCUAGACAAGCUCCUCGAGUUCGUGAAGAAAGGUGUCGAGGAGGGUGCCAAGUUGGUCUACGGAGGCAAAAGGUUAGAUCGUCCCGGCUGGUACUUUGAACCGACCGUGUUCACGGACGUCGAGGACAAUAUGUACAUUGCCAGGGAGGAGUCCUUCGGUCCGGUCAUGGUGAUCUCCAAGUUCAGCUCGAAGAACGUCGAUCAGAUGAUCGCGCGGGCGAACAAUACCGAAUUCGGUCUGGCCUCGGGGGUCCUCACCAAGGACAUCGGCAGGGCGCUCCGAUUCGCGGAGAAAAUCGAGGCCGGUACCGUAUUUAUCAACACGUACAACAAGACGGACGUGGCGGCGCCGUUUGGCGGUUUCAAGAUGUCCGGAUUUGGUAAGGACUUGGGACAGGAAGCCCUUAACGAAUAUCUCAAGACGAAGACGGUCACCAUCGAGUACUGACGAAAAAGUUGUAAUGUAUCUCUCUUAUAUUUGUAACGAUGAAUGUCAUCAUCGCAUUUUACGUGAUGUAAUUUAUAUCAAGCUUGACAAUAUCACGUUACGAUGUUGUAUUUAUAUUUCGCGCGUAAGAUCUUUAACAGAACUGAGGUCUUGCGUUUAAAGAUAAGAAAUUAGCAUAAUGUACGUUCACGCGCCACAUUGAUUCGUAUGCCUCUUUUCACAUUUUACAUACAUAUACUAUUUAUACAAAUAAACUUGUAGAUUAUUUUUAA